AUGCUGCACCCUUCCAUGCUGCACCCUGCCGCGCUGCACCCUUCCGAGCUGCACCCUUCCAUGCUGCACCCCCUCCAUGCUGCACCCUUCCAUGCUGCACCCUUUCAUGCUGCACCCUUCCAUGCUGCACCCUGCCGUGCUGCACCCUUCCAUGCUGCACCCUUCCGUGCUGCACCCUUCCGUGCUGCAACCUUCCGUGCUGCAACCUUCCGUGCUGCACCGUCCCAUGCUGCACCCUUCCAUGCUGCACCCUGCUGCGCUGCACCCUUCCGUGCUGCACCCUUCCAUGCUGCACCCCUCCAUGCUGCACCCUUCCAUGCUGCACCCUUCCAUGCUGCACCCCUCCAUGCUGCACCCUUCCAUGCUGCACCCUUCCAUGCUGCACCCUUCCAUGCUGCACCCCUCCAUGCUGCACCCUUCCAUGCUGCACCCUGCCGUGCUGCACCCUUCCAUGCUGCACCCUUUCAUGCUGCACCCUUCCAUGCUGCACCCUUCCAUGCUGCACCCUGCCGUGCUGCACCCUUCCAUGCUGCACCCUUUCAUGUUGCACCCUUCCAUGCUGCACCCUUCCAUGCUGCACCCUUCCGUGCUGCACCCUUCCGUGCUGCACCCUUCCGUGCUGCAACCUUCCGUGCUGCACCCUUCCGUGCUGCACCCUUCCAUGCUGCACCCUUCCAUGCUGCAACCUUCCGUGCUGCACCCUUCCAUGCUGCACCCUUCCAUGCUGCACCCUUCCGUGCUGCACCCUUCCGUGCUGCACCCUUCCAUGCUGCACCCUUCCAUGCUGCACCCUUCCAUGCUGCACCCUUCCAUGCUGCACCCUUCCAUGCUGCACCCUUCCGUGCUGCAACCUUCCGUGCUGCACCCUUCCGUGCUGCACCCUUCCGUGCUGCAACCUUCCGUGCUGCAACCUUCCGUGCUGCACCGUCCCAUGCUGCACCCUUCCAUGCUGCACCCUUCCAUGCUGCACCCUUCCAUGCUGCACCCUUCCGUGCUGCACCCUUCCAUGCUGCACCCUUCCGUGCUGCACCCUUCCGUGCUGCAACCUUCCGUGCUGCACCCUUCCAUGCUGCACCCCUCCAUGCUGCACCCUUCCGUGCUGCAACCUUCCGAGCUGCAACCUUCCGUGCUGCACCCUUCCAUGCUGCACCCUUCCAUGCUGCACCCCUCCAUGCUGCACCCUUCCGUGCUGCACCCUUCCAUGCUGCACCCUUCCGUGCUGCAACCUUCCGUUCUGCAACCUUCCGUGCUGCACCCUUCCAUGCUGCACCCUUCCGUGCUGCAACCUUCCGUGCUGCAACCUUCCGUGCUGCACCGUCCCAUGCUGCACCAUUCCAUGCUGCACCCCUCCAUGCUGCACCCUUCCAUGCUGCACCCCUCCAUGCUGCACCCUUCCAUGCUGCACCCCUCCAUGCUGCACCCUUCCAUGCUGCACCCUUCCAUGCUGCACCCUUCCGUGCUGCACCCUUCCGUGCUGCAACCUUCCGUGCUGCACCGUCCCAUGCUGCACCCUUCCAUGCUGCACCCUUCCGCGCUGCACCCUUCCAUGCUGCACCCUUCCGUGCUGCACCCUUCCGUGCUGCACCCUUCCAUGCUGCACCCUUCCAUGCUGCACCCCUCCAUGCUGCACCCUUCCAUGCUGCACCCCUCCAUGCUGCACCCCUCCAUGCUGCACCCUUCCAUGCUGCACCCUUCCAUGCUGCACCCUUCCGUGCUGCACCCUUCCGUGCUGCAACCUUCCGUGCUGCACCGUCCCAUGCUGCACCCUUCCGCGCUGCACCCUUCCAUGCUGCACCCUUCCAUGCUGCACCCUUCCAUGCUGCACCCUUCCAUGCUGCACCCCUCCAUGCUGCACCCUUCCGUGCUGCAACCUUCCGUGCUGCACCCUUCCAUGCUGCACCCUUCCAUGCUGCACCCUUCCAUGCUGCACCCCUCCAUGCUGCACCCCUCCAUGCUGCACCCUUCCGUGCUGCACCCUUCCGUGCUGCAACCUUCCGUGCUGCACCCUUCCGUGCUGCACCCUUCCGUGCUGCAACCUUCCGUGCUGCACCCCUCCAGGCUGCACCCUUCCAUGCUGCACCCUUCCGUGCUGCACCCUUCCGUGCUGCAACCUUCCGUGCUGCACCCUUCCGUGCUGCACCCUUCCGUGCUGCAACCUUCCGUGCUGCACCGUCCCAUGCUGCACCCUUCCAUGCUGCACCCUUCCAUGCUGCACCCUUCCGUGCUGCACCCUUCCAUGCUGCACCCUUCCGUGCUGCACCCUUCCGUGCUGCAACCUUCCGUGCUGCACCCUUCCGUGCUGCACCCUUCCAUGCUGCACCCCUCCAUGCUGCACCCUUCCGUGCUGCAACCUUCCGUGCUGCAACCUUCCGUGCUGCACCCUUCCAUGCUGCACCCUUCCAUGCUGCACCCCUCCAUGCUGCACCCUUCCGUGCUGCACCCUUCCAUGCUGCACCCUUCCGUGCUGCAACCUUCCGUGCUGCAACCUUCCGUGCUGCACCCUUCCAUGCUGCACCCUUCCGUGCUGCAACCUUCCGUGCUGCAACCUUCCGUGCUGCACCGUCCCAUGCUGCACCCUUCCAUGCUGCACCCCUCCAUGCUGCACCCUUCCAUGCUGCACCCCUCCAUGCUGCACCCUUCCAUGCUGCACCCCUCCAUGCUGCACCCUUCCAUGCUGCACCCUUCCAUGCUGCACCCUUCCUUGCUGCACCCUUCCGUGCUGCAACCUUCCGUGCUGCACCGUCCCAUGCUGCACCCUUCCAUGCUGCACCCUUCCGCGCUGCACCCUUCCAUGCUGCACCCUUCCGUGCUGCACCCUUCCGUGCUGCACCCUUCCAUGCUGCACCCUUCCAUGCUGCACCCCUCCAUGCUGCACCCUUCCAUGCUGCACCCCUCCAUGCUGCACCCCUCCAUGAUGCACCCUUCCAUGCUGCACCCUUCCAUGCUGCACCCUUCCGUGCUGCACCCUUCCGUGCUGCAACCUUCCGUGCUGCACCGUCCCAUGCUGCACCCUUCCGCGCUGCACCCUUCCAUGCUGCACCCUUCCAUGCUGCACCCUUCCAUGCUGCACCCUUCCAUGCUGCACCCCUCCAUGCUGCACCCUUCCGUGCUGUAACCUUCCGUGCUGCACCCUUCCAUGCUGCACCCUUCCAUGCUGCACCCUUCCAUGCUGCACCCCUCCAUGCUGCACCCCUCCAUGCUGCACCCUUCCGUGCUGCACCCUUCCGUGCUGCAACCUUCCGUGCUGCACCCUUCCGUGCUGCACCCUUCCGUGCUGCAACCUUCCGUGCUGCACCCCUCCAUGCUGCACCCUUCCAUGCUGCACCCUUCCGUGCUGCACCCUUCCAUGCUGCACCCUUCCAUGCUGCACCGUGCUGUGUUCCCCAGAGCAGGUUCAUUACCAAAGUUGUUACGAAUAUGGAUAGCCAUAAGAGGCGGCCAAGCACCUUAAUACGUUUUCAGCAAGGACGGCAGUUCAACUUAAUAUAA